AUGGCCAGAUUAGCUGACUGGAGCAGAGAUACUCCUUCAAGAAUGAAUGGAAGGGUUGCAAGACCACAAGGCCAUCUGCGACCGCCUUCAUCUGCGUCUUCCUCUUCAUCACAGAUGUCCACUUCGUCGUAUGAUAGCACAAAACCAAGAGCUCAAUCAGCCCUAUCAGGAAGAACCCCAACUCGCAGACCGAUGACCCCGUUGUCCAACAAAUUGCAACCAGGCCUGGCCACUCCAAUGAGGCCAGCAAGUUCUUUGAGAAAACGUCCGUCUACUCCAACUCUCAACUCCUAUAAGGGCAAAAUCAACGUCAGCGUUCGUCCAAGACCUCUGUUAAGUGUUUCCCAUGGUAAUACCAACAAUCCUUGGUUUAUUGAGAAUGACAAUAACACUAUUGCACAUGACGAAGCCGGAGAGUUUCAAUAUGAUAACGUGUUUGAUCCUUUGGUAAACAACAGACAGGUAUAUGAUCAGGUGGUCAAGCCAGUAGUUGAAAAGGCAAUGGAUGGAUUCAACGGGACCAUAUUCGCUUAUGGAAUGACUGGAAGUGGUAAGACCUACUCUAUGCAGGGCAGUGAGUUUGAAGAUGGUCUUAUCCAAUUGGCUGUUAAUCAAAUAUUUGAUACAGUUCGCUCAGAUCCAUCCUCACAGUAUACUAUCAGUUGCUCAUUCUUGGAAAUUUAUAAUGAAAGGAUAUUUGACUUGUUGAAUCCUGAGUCUGCUAACGCAUUAAGGAACUUCAACUUUGGAUCAAUUGGCACCUCUUCCAAGGAUGAGUUAAAGAUCAGGGAUGAUCCCAUCUUUGGGACUAAGGUUAUUGGAUUGCACGAGGAGAUCGUCACCACACCAGACGACCUAAUUCACUUGAUCCACAGAGGUGAUCAGAUUAGGAAAACUGGAGGCACAGAUUAUAAUUCUCGUUCCUCUAGAUCCCAUGCUAUUGUUUCCAUCAAGAUCAAGAAGCUUACAAAUAGUCAAGAGUUCUUUGCAACAUUAAGUCUCUGCGACUUGGCAGGAUCUGAAAAAGCAACGACACAGAUAGAAAGGCGCAAAGAGGGAUCAUUUAUCAACAAAUCUCUUCUUGCUCUUGGUACAGUUAUAUCCAAAUUGUCCCAGAAUCAAGGCUCCUUGCAUAUUCCCUACAGAGAUUCUAAGCUGACCCGAUUCUUACAGCCUUCAUUGAGUGGAGAGUCUGUAGUAUCUAUCUUGUGUACUAUUCACCUAUCCCAGAUCACGGUUGGAGAAACUUUGAACACCUUGAGGUUUGCUUCCAGAGCCAAAAACAUCGCUAUAGCUGCUGCAAGAAAUGGCAGUAAUGUUCAGGAUAAUUUCAGGUUAGAAUCAUUGGCUAAAGAGUUGGUGGAAACGAAGAGACAAUUGAUGGAACUGCAAUUGAGCUCUACCAAGAUAUCUGAUACCGAUGAUGAGCAACUGCAACGAUUAAGAGCUGAAAACCGGAUACUUUCCGAACAAGUUGAGCAUUUUAGACGGAUGAGCGAUCUAGGAAGAGCAGAUCGGGUCAACCUGAGUAAUGACAUAGUGUCAUUAUUGGGAGAGCUACGAGAAAGUGACUCCAAUAGAGAUACGGUAAUCCAGAAAAUUGAGAGUUUCAAUAAACACCAACAGUUGGACUUGGAAGAGAUGAAGUCAUAUAUCUCUCAUCUUGAACAUAUGAUGAAAACGGGCGAAAAGUUUCAAGUUAAUCCGCAAAUAAACGCAAGCUCAAAAAAGCAAAAAACGUACGAAGAACUAUUCGUAGGAUCCGAAGGGCUUUCUCUCAAGAGUUUAGUUAAGGAUCAAGAAGAGGAAAUAAUGGAACUCAAAGAAAUGCUGAAGGAGAAAGAUUCUAUAAUCAAGGCACUCAGAACGGCCAAACGUGCGAGGGACAGUGUCUUAAAUAUUGGUUCCAAUAAUACAAGCGAUCUUGAAAAUGAAUAUGAAGAUUACACAAGCGCAAAGGACAACCUGCAAUAUGGCAAAGCUAUAAAAACGGUUACAGAAAGAGUACAAUUAAGAUCUAUUGAAAAUGAGAUAUGA